AAAAAAAAGUAAAGCAAUAAAAUCGAAACUUUUGGAGUCCAUUUGAUGUUCAUUCUGCGAGAUUCAUUAUGCCACUUCAACAAGUCAUUCAAUCAUUCGAUAUCAACAACCGGAGAAAAAUGUUUGAAAUUCUGAAAAGGUCAUGGAAUUCACAAGAAACUCCACCGUGGUUCAAUGAAUUGAUAACCGAGACCAUUGAAAUCUAUAAGCAAAAAAGUGAACAGUUACCCGCAAGUGACAAUGAACUUUCCGAGUUUCACGAGCAAGUAAUGUCACUUAACUAUGAACUCGGAUUGCUUUGGGAAAAUUAUUGGUCUGAAUAUGAGUUUGAUCUAGCAACUGUGCGAAAUUAUUUGCAAAAAUGCAUCGAAUAUUUCGAAAAACUUCCCAACGAUUAUGUAGACCCUGCCAUGAAGAUCGACCGGGAUGAAGCGGCAAAUAUUCUUUCGGACAUUAAUGAAAACAAUCAGAAGCUGCAAACAUCACUAGUCGAGUCCAGCCCUUUGGAACGCAUUCAACUUUUAAUCAACCUCGGGCAAUUGCCGGAAAACGACAUCAUUCCGGAAAAUUUGAAAACAAUCUCAGACCAGAAACAGGAAGUUCUUCUGCAGCAAAUUCGAUGCAUGCAACUUGCGCGACUUAUCAAUACCAUGGAGGAAGAUGAGCUAUUUACGAGCUUCCAAGGCGCCGAACUAAACGACGAGCAGGCUUCCACUUUGAUGAACGCCCGUCAACUGGCGACCACGAAUCAGCUACCAACCGAUGAUUGCGGUGAAGACGUUAAUGAACGUCUGAUUUACGGAGCUGUGAAGGAGCGAAUUUUACAAAUGAUUAGAAGUGAAAUAAGAGAAAACAAAGCGUCAUUGACACAGGUUAAAACCAACAUUGAGGAAUACUUCAAAACGAAACUCGGUCUGCCAAAAGAAAGUUUUCUCUUCAAUCCAUUCCAUCUCAAACACUGUAAAACUACAAAAAUCUGCCUCAGGUUUGGCCACCGUAAUCCGAUUUCGAUUCCAGCAGCUGCUCGGCGCCGCGACCCCGGAAGAACCCAAUGCAUAGCCUUAAUCGCGGCUACAGUUGAACCGUUUGUGAUAUGUCUAGGAAAACUCAUUAAGGCCGGGUGUGAAAUUGAGCUCACCUCGACGGACGCGUCCGUGAAGCCGCACAUUCGAGAGAGAGGUUGCAAUCUUCAAACAAAUCACUCCCGCAGUUCAACGUGGGGAUAA